UCUAAUGCGGUAUUUCAAGCAUAGACAGAUUACCAAAACAAUUGAAACGUGCAGCAAGUAAAUACAAAAUGCUGAUAACGACGGCGCGAAAUCUAAUACGUAAAACACAACAGCCUGGCAGCUGGAGCUGGUGUCGCUGGAGCAGCCGCGUGGCCAAUGAAAGCACAACUGUUACACAAGAAGCUACCGCUACCGAUAACAAAAGGCAACAGCUGUUAAAGGAGCUUGCCGAGCCACUGGAGGAAACUACGAACAGGCGAUCGGCUAUAGAUCCUAAGGACACGAGCGUGGUGCUGUUCCCUGGACAAGGCACGCAGUAUGUGGGCAUGGCCAAGGACUUGCUACGCUUUCCCGGCGCACGCAGCAUAUUUAAACUGGCCCACGAGGUGCUAAGAUACGAUCUGCUUAAGAUAUGCCUGGAGGGACCACGUGAGAAGCUUAAUCGUACUGAAUACGCACAGCUGGCUGUGAUGGUAUCAUCUUUGGCCGCACUAGAGCAGCUACGCGAGGAACGACCUGCAGCUAUUGAGAAAUGUGUGGCCACAGCCGGUUUCAGUUUGGGCGAGAUUACAGCGCUAGUUUUCGCUGGCGCGCUGCCUUUUGAUAAAGCACUGCAACUGGUACAAGUGCGCGCGAAUGCUAUGCAGGCAGCCUGCGACAAGUUUGCGGGCACCAUGGCCAUGGCACUUUACGGCCCAGAUACCGAUUUGGGUGAUGCAUGCACCAAAGCGCAGCAGUGGUGUCUCGAUCGUGGCGUAGAGACGCCCUACUGUGGCACUGCCAAUUAUAUGUAUCCGCAUUGCAAAGUCAUUGCUGGCAGUGUGGAAGCCAUUGAGUUUCUGGAACAGAAUGCCAAGGCAUUAAAGAUACGUCGCAUGAAACGUUUGGCGGUAAGCGGUGCCUUUCAUACGCCGUUAAUGCAAAGUGCUGUAGAACCAUUUGCCAAAGCUUUAAAAAGUGUGCACAUUCAAGAUCCUAUUAUUCGCGUCUAUUCCAAUGUGGAUGGCAAGCCUUAUAGAAACGCUACUCAUAUAUUGCGCCAGUUGCCCAAGCAGAUUGUGCGUCCAGUCAAAUGGGAGCAGACUCUGCACGAGAUGUAUGAACGUCGACAGGGCGUGGACUUUCCACGUACUUUCGAGUGUGGUCCCGGCAAAGGAUUGCUGCAGGUGCUUGAAAAGGUCAAUGCGAAGGCAGCACAGACUGCUCACAACGUGAUAGCGUGAGAAGUUAUAAAUAAAUAUGUUGUUCUUUUUACUUUAUAAAAAAACUUUAUUGAGAGCAGGA